CUGUCGCCUCUCUCCGCGUCCAGUGCGAACUGCAGUAGUACUACUCUUCUUCCCCCCACAGCCGUUUCUCUUUCUCUCCUCACUCCCCACCCCCUCGGAUCCCAAGCUGCGGGCUGCGUCUGCGUCGGCGCCGUGGCGGCUGCAGCCUAGGGUUUAGCGCGGGGAGAGGGGAAGCUAGGGUUUGGGUCCGACGAGUUGGGGCGGCGAUGGGGACGGCGGGGAAGGGCGCGUGGGUCGUGCCGGCGCCGGCGUACAAGGAGGUGGAGGGGUGGGAGGGGUCGGGGGACGACUCGCCGGGCUACAGGUGCGGCCACUCGCUCACCGUCAUCGCGCCCACCAAGGGCCACGGCCCGCGCCUCAUCCUCUUCGGCGGCGCCACGGCGAUCGAGGCCGGCGCGACCUCCGGCCUCCCCGGCAUCAGGCUCGCGGGGGUGACCAACACGGUGCACUCGUACGACGUGGACAAGCGGAGGUGGACGAGGUUACAUCCAGCUGGAGAUCCUCCAUCUCCAAGGGCUGCACAUUCUGCUGCUGCUGUGGGCACCAUGGUUGUUUUCCAGGGUGGGAUUGGACCAGCGGGGCAUUCGACAGACGAUCUCUAUGUGCUUGAUCUGACAAACGACAAGUUCAAAUGGCACCGGGUUGUUGUUCAGGGGGCUGGUCCUGGUCCUCGCUAUGGUCAUUGCAUGGAUUUGGUAGCGCAGCGUUACCUUGUGUCAGUCUCGGGAAAUGAUGGAAAGCGGGUCUUAUCAGAUGCUUGGGCUUUGGACACAGCUCAGAAACCAUAUAAGUGGCAGAAACUUAACCCUGAUGGUGAUAGACCUUCAGCAAGGAUGUAUGGCACUGCCAGUGCACGCUCCGAUGGCAUGCUUUUACUUUGUGGUGGAAGGGAUGCUUCUGGGACGCCACUCUCUGAUGCUUAUGGACUACUUAUGCAUACAAAUGGUCAGUGGGAGUGGACUCUGGCUCCCGGGAUAUCUCCAUCUCCAAGAUAUCAGCAUGCAGCUGUCUUUGUUGGUGCUCGGCUGCAUGUUACUGGAGGUGUCCUUAGAGGAGGGAGAGCUAUUGAAGGGGAGGGUGCAAUUGCAGUUCUGGACACUGCUGCUGGAGUUUGGUUGGAUAGAAAUGGCAUUGUGACCUCUCGCACUCUAAAAUCUUCCAAUGAGCAUGAUGCUUCUUCGGAUCUGCUUCGUCGUUGCCGCCAUGCAGCUGCUUCUGUUGGUUCUCAGAUAUACAUUUAUGGUGGACUGAGGGGAG